UAUCGUCCUGCGAAAGGUCGAUCCUUCUCAAUUAGAAAACCGAAAGACAGGGAGAGUAGCGCACACGAGCGUCAACCCUCCACCAUUAAUGUCGUCUUUCGCCUUAUCGUCAUCUCUCCGCCAGUUGACGUCACCCCCAACCCCGACGCUCCGCCUGUCACCUCUCUCUUUCCACCAUGAACUCCUAACUGCUUCAACAGCCCGACGAGUUUCAAAACUCGCUCUCCCAUGUCAAAACACAAGCUCAAACAAACCGCUUCUCUCACCAUUGUUAAUACCAAAGACCGGUAAUGUGGAGGUUCAAUCACAGCUUAGAUUCCCAUACCCUAUUAUUUCUCCUGAUGACCACUGGGGCACGUGGACUGCUCUGUUCGUUAUCGGUUGUUUUGGUCUCUGGUCUGAGAAGACGAUUGGAAGUAUGGUGAGUGCGGCAUUAGUGAGCACAUUGGUGGGGCUGGCCGCAAGCAAUCUGAGCAUAAUUCCUUUUGAAGCACCAGCUUAUUCUCUUUUCAUGCGGUUUUUGCUACCAUUGGCUGUUCCUUUGCUCUUGUUUAGAGCAGAUUUGCGUCGCGUCAUACGCUCAACUGGGACAUUGUUGCUGGUUUUCUUGCUUGGAUCAGUUUCAACAAUAGUUGGAACCCUAGUGGCUUUUCUGAUGGUGCCUAUGCGAUCACUUGGUCCAGAUAAUUGGAAAAUAGCUUCUGCUCUCAUGGGUAGUUAUAUUGGUGGAUCUGUUAACUACAUUGCAAUUUCAGAGGCUCUUGGUGUUUCUCCAUCAGUUUUGGCUGCCGGAGUUGCUGUGGACAAUGUUAUUUGUGCAAUAUACUUUAUGAUAUUAUUUGCAUUAGCCUCUAAAGUAGAUCCUGAGGCUUCAAAAUCAACCAAUGAUGUUGAAAUGAAUUUGGAUCAUGAUUCGGGGGGCAAAAUCCCUGUGCUUCAGACAGCUACAGCUCUUGCUAUAUCCUUUUUGAUAUGGAAGACUGCAUCUUAUAUUACAAACUUGUUCAAGAUUGAAGGGGGCAUCCUUCCUGGAGUAACAGCUAUUAUUGUCAUUUUAGCAACUCUAUUCCCAACACAGUUUGCUAAUCUUGCACCUGCUGGUGAUACACUUGCUCUGGCUCUCAUGCAGGUAUUUUUUGCUGUGGUUGGUGCUAAUGGGAGCAUAUGGAAUGUUAUGAACACAGCACCCAGUAUUUUCUUGUUUGCUCUUGUUCAAGUGUCUGUCCAUCUUGUCAUGAUCCUUGGACUUGGAAAGCUACUUCGUUUCGAUUUAAAGCUAUUACUUCUGGCUUCAAAUGCCAACAUUGGGGGCCCUACGACUGCAUGUGGAAUGGCCACAGCCAAAGGAUGGGGCUCUUUGGUUGUCCCAGGAAUCCUUGCGGGCAUUUUUGGGAUCGCCAUUGCAACUUUUCUUGGCAUUGGUUUUGGAACAAUGGUCCUUAGGAACUUGUAA